AUGUGUACCACAAGAUAUGAUCGUGCUAUAACUGUUUUCUCUCCAGAUGGACAUUUGUUUCAAGUUGAUUAUGCUAUGGAAGCUGUAAAACAAGGCGCAACUACCAUAGGAGUGUGUGGCAAAUCUAUAGUUGUCCUUGCUGUAGAGAAGAGAUCAGUAGCAAAGUUGCAAGAAGAAAGAACUACGAGAAAAAUAUUCAUGUUAGAUGAUCAUAUCGUUAUGGCAUUUGCUGGGCUAACAGCUGAUGCCCGCAUUUUGAUUGAUAAAGCCAGAGUUGAAUGCCAAAGCUAUAAAUUAACUGUGGAAGAUCCUGUAUCUGUAGAAUACAUUGCAAGGCAUGUUGCUUUAAUCAAGCAGCGCUACACACAGAGUAAUGGUCGAAGACCAUUCGGAAUCUCAGCUCUAAUUGCUGGUUUUGAUUAUGAUGGUACUUCUCAUCUUUUCCAAACAGAUCCAUCUGGUGCUUACCACAAAUGGAUAGCAAAUUCGAUAGGCCAAAAUGCGAAAACUGUUCGAGAAUAUCUCGAAAAGAAUCAAUCUGAAGAGAUACUUGCCGAUGAUAUAGCAACAAUCAAACUUUCUAUUAAAGCUUUGUUAGAAGUUGCUAAAGGAAAAAAUUUAGAAGUUGCUGUUCUAGGGCAGGGUCAGUCUUUAAGAAUGCUGGAUGCAGAUGAAAUUAAAGGAUAUAUUACAAUUAUAGAAGAAGAGAAAGAAGAAGCCGAAAAGAAAAAGCAAAAGAAAUAA